ACCACCGCCCCGCCUCAGCACAGAAACGGCGAUAUUAUUUCAUCUAGAGCUCUUCCUCUAAACACCGCCAUCAGCAGCAGAGCAGAAACCUCCAGAUUUGAUGUUUAUUUCGCUGUUUUACAAUCGCUCAUUGUCGCCAGGGGCUGACGGGAAGCAGACUACGCAUGUGCGUCAUCGUUGGGCCUCGAAGCGCAUGACAGGAAAAAUGACUUUUUUGCUGAAGUGAAGAGAGGAUGCUGGGAGCUGGGUGUGACGCGACUGCGCAAGUGCGGAAACCGCCUGAAACCAGUGUCAACCGAGAUUUCAGUACGUGACAUCAACACACACAGGACACCAUGAAGUAGAGAGAGGCUGGCUGUCUGCUUGUUGCAAUCAGGAGAAAAAAAAGGAUUUAAAAAAAAUCAUAUAUACAUAUAGGAAGGGAGUUCAGAGAUGUGAAAAAUGUCAGGAGGUUGCUCAUGUCCUGGGUGUUCGUCUAAGUCAUUCAAACUGUACUCGCCGAAGGAACCCCCAAACGGCAACGCAUUUCCCCCCUACCACCCGGGCAGCAUGCUGGAUCGCGAUGUCGGUCCGACACCGAUGUAUCCUCCGACAUACCUGGAGCCUGGCAUUGGGAGACACACACCUUACAUGAACCAAACCGACUACAGGAUAUUCGAACUCAACAAACGAUUACAGAACUGGGCAGAGGAAUGCGACAAUCUCUGGUGGGAUGCCUUUACCACAGAGUUUUUUGAAGAUGAUGCCAUGUUAACCAUCACCUUCUGUUUGGAAGAUGGGCCGAAGCGAUACACUAUUGGCCGGACUUUGAUCCCACGCUAUUUUCGCAGUAUCUUCGAGGGAGGGGCAACUGACCUGUAUUAUGUCCUCAAGCACCCAAAGGAGUCAUUCCACAAUAAUUUUGUGUCCUUGGACUGUGACCAGUGCACAAUGGUGACACAGCAUGGGAAGCCCAUGUUCACGAAGGUAUGUGUGGAGGGACGGUUAUAUCUGGAGUUCAUGUUUGAUGAUAUGAUGAGGAUCAAGACCUGGCAUUUUAAUAUUCGGCAGCACCGUGAGCUGAUCCCACGCAGCAUCCUCGCAAUGAAUUCCCAGGACCCACAGAUGUUGGAUCAGCUGUCAAAGAACAUCACAAGAUGUGGUCUGUCCAACUCUACUCUCAACUACCUCCGACUCUGUGUUAUUUUAGAGCCAAUGCAGGAGCUGAUGUCCAGGCAUAAAACCUACAGCUUAAGCCCCAGGGAUUGCCUCAAGACAUGCCUGUUCCAAAAAUGGCAGCGGAUGGUUGCUCCCCCUGCUGAACCAGCCAGACAGGCGCCGAGCAAACGCAGGAAAAGGAAAAUGUCCGGGGGCAGCACCAUCAGCAGUGGCCCAAACUCCAACACCAACAGCAACAGCAAAAAGAAGAGUCCGGCCAGUAGCUUUGCGCUGUCCAGUCAGGUACCUGACGUGAUGGUGGUGGGUGAGCCCACUCUGAUGGGGGGCGAGUUUGGCGACGAGGACGAGCGGCUCAUCACACGCUUGGAGAACACGCAGUACGAUGCGACCAACGGCAUCGACGACGAGGACAGCUUCAACAACUCCCCCGCGCUGGGGGCCAACAGCCCCUGGAACAGCAAGCCUCCAUCAAGCCAAGAGAGCAAGUCGGAGAACCCAACAUCGCAGGCCUCACAGUAAAGAUGCACAAAAUGGCCAGCGCUGUUCCAAAACCCAAAAUAAAUCUACCUGUCAAAGUAAACACAAGUGGAGGUACCGGGGGCUGGUUUGUCACUGCGCAACCAACUUGUGCAGCCAAUAACGCAAGCAUCAUUGGUCUCUCCUUCCCAACCUAUCACUAAUUAUUGGAUGUAAUGCCCGCUUCUAUUGUUUUUUAGCUACUACAAAGUAUUUUCCUUUUAACUCUCUCUUUUAAAAAAGUGUUAAACCAACAGCUUGUUGCUGAGGAGAUUUAAAACUCACCCCAAUUCUAGAUUCUGUCCGUUCCUGCCAAGCGUUCUCUCACUUUGGAUCUAGGCGGGAAAAGAAAUUGCUGUUCUAGAAGGUUCCACAGCUGGCGCAGUAGGCAAAUGGGCCACCUGUGCAGUACUGAGCUGUAUGGACCAGGACGUUCCAAAGUUCGAUUUCCUGGACUGUGCUGCAUUCAGCAGGGGCGAGAAUAUGGUUGGGGGAGGGGAUAGAUUCCUACACUUGGACUCAGCUAGGGGUUCCUUUUGUGAUCACUGUCCAGUGAUGCAUUACAUAAAAAAGUACCCAUGCAUGGGUGUUGAGUGAAGACAGGAUUGUGAUGCCCCAUGUGGUUGAAUAGCACACAGUCACUUACUGUCUUAGAUCACAUGAAGAAUGGAACAUAUGUCUGGGCAGCUGGUGCUUAUGGGACCUUAAGUGACAAGUGAGAAAGGGGGAAAACACUGGGGA